AUGGUCAAAAGUAUUGGUGACUUUACCAUGUCUGUCCGAAAGCUGGACCGGGAAAGCGGCCAGGUCUACGAAGAACAGGCUAUGGCUCCUGCUAUGUCAUUCUCUAUGGGCCCAUCUUGGGUUCAUGAGAGCCCAUUCAGCAUCGUGGAGCGAGACGCAAGACACGAGAAGGGCGCACCCUCUUUGAAAGAGUGUGCAAUGGAGCAGCUUCUGGCUGAUCAGAGGGAUUUGACGCCCGAGUUGUUUCAUCAUAUUCCAUGGCGUAUGGCAAGCAGACUGUGGGAUCACCUUGGCAAACGCCAGAGAAGGACCUUGUACAUGUGGAAAUUAUUUGCAACAGUGUACCCCGCCGAAUUUCGGAGUGUUGCAAAAUACCGAUCCAUGAAAGUGAAGUGGCCCCAGAUGCCAUUGCGAGAAUACUGGAGCGUAGUCAAGAGCGAUUCUCUCAGCUGGCGCUUGGUCUUGACCCUGGCUCCCUCGUUUGGGCGGGUACCAGAGCUUGUGGAGAUUGCUAAUAUCAAGAAUCUCGUUGCGCUGGAGAUCGCCACACCACUGCAGGUAAUGCCGAUGUCAGACAGCUCGGAGCUACGUGUGGCUGGUCUGAACGAUCGAAUCGCACGAACGUGGAGUGAGCUGGCGGAGACGUCAGCAGCAUUUACCCACCUUCGCGUCCUCAGAUUGUAUAGUCAGCCAGACCUCUCACCGGUGGGGAUACGGUACCUCAGUGCUCUUCCAGGCUUGUGUCUUAUAAUCGCCCAUGGGUGCCCCAAUCUCAAAUCCUGCCUCCAAGGCGAAAGCCUGGACAAAGAUCGGUGGGAGGUGACAGCAAUCCCACAGUUUGUGGUCAAAAAUUCCAACCAAAUAGAAGUAUCAGAGCCUCUUACACUCUAUGAAUGCUAUCAGAAGAGCUUUCAUGCCAGCAGUGAUGGACACGUGAUAGAAGAGGGCCUACUACGAGGCAGCCCUGUUUUGGACUUUCGAAUCGUACCAGAAGGCAGUCAGGGUCUGGGCAAAAGAGGCAGCAGUUCUUCUACGAUAUACUUCCAGCGCAGAACCGCCUCUGGGUCUAGACCUCCAGACCCACCACUAAAGAAGGUGAAGAUGGCAGACCAAUCGCCAGAAGAGACGUCACGGCCGAGCUCUGGAUCCAGAAAGCCAGUGAUGAGAAAGGGAAACCCGAGAGAUCUCCGUGAUGUCCUAGGUGACUUUCUUUAG